AUGCUCCUGAACCUCUCCCUCCUCGGCCUCUUCGCCGGCUCCGUCCUCGCCGACGGCGCCGCCAUCGUGUCCGCCACGGAUGAGAUCGCCGCAUCAAACACGAAGUUGGGCAAAACUGUCGCCUCCUGGGAUGGCGGGCUUUUUGGCACGCUGCCCAUAGUCGUUGAAUCAGCCAAGCUUCUUAUCAAGAUCAAUGAAGCCAUUAGCAUCGCCCAGGAUUCGGCGCCGCUAAAUGCCAUCGAGGCCAUCACUAUCGCUCAGUCAACACAAAACCUUGCUGGCGGCGUCGAGACCACACUCGGCAACGUCGUUGACGCGAAGCCAAAGUUCGACAAGCUCUUGCUGAGCCCCGUCAUCUUGCUGAAUCUCAAGCAGGAGAAGAGCGCCACUGACAAGUUCAGCGCGGCAGUUGUUGAGAAAGUCCCCAAGUCACUAAAGGGUGCUGCUGAGACUUUGGUGGGCAGGAUUGGAACAGCGUUCAAUGAUGCUAUUGCCACUUACAGCUGA